AUGAUAGAACGGCGCGUUAUCCAGCCAUUCAAGGGGGAAGAUCCUCCGCUUUCUCCCUUCCCGCCCUCUCCCCCUCCUUGGCCGAUCCCGGGAGGGGGGCCGAGGGGGGGAGUGGAUGGGAUCCCCUCAGCUCGAGCUGAGGGGAGUGGAGGAGGACGCCCUCGGAGGCUCAUCGUCUCUCAUCGGCGCAUCACCUCUGCCAGCACUGCUGCUGCCGGUGCUUCCAGCCCUUCUCAUCACCAUGGCUUCGCACGGCGUGCCUCCUGUGCGCCCAGGGCUGCUGCUGUUCGCCUGCCACCUCCAAGCAGCGCCGCCGACCACUCGUGUGUGCAGAGGAACUGCGGCGCCAAUGCGAUUUGCGUCAAGGACAGUGCUGGAGUGGCGACCUGCGUGUGCAACGCUGGCUUCGUGCUGCAGGCCGACAAGAUUACAUGCACUGACACGUGUGUGCUCAAAAAGUGUGGUGCUAAUGCCAAGUGCGUGAAGAGCGCUGCAGGAGUGGCGUCUUGCGUGUGUGACAAUGGCUUCGUGCUGCAGCCUGAUAACGUCACAUGCUCUGACACCUGCGUCAUCAAGAAGUGUGAUGCCAAUGCUGCUUGUGUGAAGGACGCUCAAGGCGUUGCAUCCUGUGCUUGCAACACGGGCUUCCAGAUGCUGGAAGGCGCUUGCACUGACACCUGCGAGAUCAAGAACUGUGUGAGGGGCCGGUGCAUCAAGGACGGAUCUGGAGCGGCGUCCUGUGAAUGUAGCGCUGGCUACGUGCUGCAGGCGGAUGGCAGGACGUGCAAAGACACCUGCGAGAUCAAGAACUGUGUGAAUGGCGGGUGCAUCCAGGACGCAGUUGGAGUGGCCACCUGCGUGUGUCAAGAUAACUUUGCGCUGCUGGCGGAUGGCAGGACGUGCGCUUAUGUCUGUCAGAUCAAGAACUGUAAUCCCAACAGCCAGUGUGUUCCUUCCGGCAACGCGGCUACCUGUGUGUGUAACCCUGGCUACGUGCUGCAGGCGGAUGGCAGGACGUGCAUCAGCGCCCCACCUCCACCUGAUGCGUGCGCCGUCAAGAACUGUUCUGCCAACGAUCCCAAUGCUGGCUGUGUGAAGGACGCUCAAGGCGUGGCAUCCUGUGUUUGCAAACCGGGCUUCCAGAUGGCGAACGGCGUUUGCACUGACAACUGCAGGUUCAAGAGCUGUGUUGACUACAGCUACUGCACCAAGGAUCAAACCACUGGAGCGGCGUCUUGCGCGUGUUACAAUGGCUACACGAUGCAGGCGGAUGGCUCGUGCAAGACUGCCUGUGACAUCCUGGAUUGCGGCGCGAACAGCGAUUGUUAUACGGCUAACGGCCAGGCCACCUGUUUUUGUUACGACGGUUUCCAGCUGCAGGAGGAUGGCAGGACGUGCCAUGCAAGCGAUCCGUGCUGGUCGGGUCGCUGUAUGGAAUAUGCCUUGCAAGCCUGUAGCAGAAGAUGCGAUCUGUCUUUGCAAAUCUUGGGUCCCAUACGGUUUCGAAUACGCAUUUGGAUGUG